CGCAUAAUCUCCCGAAAUUUCCCGACGCUCGUCGCCGGUGUUUCUUUGUUCUCGUUUUUUUUUUCUUUUUCACAUUCGUUCCUUUUUCUUGACCUUCGACGUCGCAAUCAAAGCGCUAAAAAUACAAGUGUAUUAAAUCACACGAAUCACAAGGUUCGAGAAAAAUAGAAGUUAAAAUAGGUUCGAGGAAAACGGAAACAAAGAUUAUUAUGCGGUGGAGUUAUUGUCAUCUGCAUAAGCGGCUUACAAUUUACCGAGACUAAGCUUGGAGUUUAUAUUCUUGCAUUCUCAACGCUUCAAUUAUCUCCGUCUUCAAAAAUUGAGAAGUGUGAAAAAUUGCACGUCAACGCGCGGCCGCUGUUGCAUAUCCUCGUGACGGCGAUGACGUCUGCAACGGCAUGUGUGAUAACACUGUGGCUUUCUCGUGUAAUACAAUAUUUUUGCCGAUAUGUAUAACAACAAACUCUUGACUCUUUCUCAGUAAACAGCGUUAAACAGUUUGCCAUAUAACAUGCGAUAUACUAAUAUUUAUAGUAUAUCCGUUUCCAGUGUGUGAGAGAAGUUAAGUGUCGUUUUACGCGAACAUAGAAUCCCGUGCAAAUGAGAUUGCACAAGUGCGGAUUUACCUAUUCUCUGGUUCUCUUAUCAAUGUCUCGCGAGACUUGAUAAGCGUCUUAGAGAUCCAAGACGGUAUCUUAACGACGGAUCGCUCGAGGCUGUGCUAAAUCGCUCGCGAAAGACUAAAUAUUUAGACAGUUAAUGAAAAUGUAUGUGUUCGUAUAAGAAUAAAGUUAGAAAAAUUACAUAAACAGUGAUAUAAAUUACGUUUCUAUUUGGUCAAGUGUCGCGAAACAAAUAAACGCUUCGUUUGCGCGUUAUAUAUUUUUCACAUCUCAUGUAAAAUUAAAUAAGAAACACACACACACACCGCAGCUGCUGAAUAAAUGUAAAACUAGAAGAAAAACACAAUUUGCGCGAUUUCAGCGAUGGGAGAAAAAGUGGUUACGUAUCUUCGUUGCGAGCGAUCUCUGCCCGAUCAGCUGAUCGUGGUAUCAUCGACCCGGAGACGGAGGCUGGCCGCUGGCUCACUGACUGAUUAACGCGUGGCAAUAAGUAAAUUGGUAGAUAACGGCUGCUCGGGUUAUCGUUCAAAGUCAAAAUGGCGACUUCCUUUUUGUCUACGCCCGGAGGAAAGGGAGACGAGGGAGGCUUCCCCGACGCGAGAGUCUUCUCGACGUCGGGCCGCCGACAGUGACGUAGCUUCUCGCAUAAUGCGAGUCUCCGGUUCGUAGUUCGUCCGUAGCUGAGCUAACUCGGGCGCGUCCGCGAAAAUCGAAAUACGAUAUGCGGAGAGGAACAACACGGGGAAAAUUGCGUGUAACACGCAUCGAGGUGGAUAGUGAAAUCUGCGAGCUCUCAUAUGGAUCAUUCGUUCGCUGCAUCCGAAGUUAACACGCAGUUGAUACAAGUGAUUUGUGGAUUUCCGGGCAUUCGUUGAACACUCGAUCCGAUCGUUUUGCCGCGUUGGAGUCAGUGCAUUUUAUUUAUUUGUAUAAUUGAAUACGAUAACGCGCGUGGACACGAGGGGGGGACCGCGUUAUUGGAAAAACACGUUCGCUGGUAACGAGCCGAUCGGCUAUUCCCUUUGUGCCGCACUUUGCAAUACUUUGAUUGUUUGUCAUGCCAAAGUUCGGGAACAAUGACGCACAAUGCGCAGAGAUCCAUGGAGCCGAUACCGGGCUGGACCGACGCGGAAGCUACGUCGUCGCGCCGUCUUGAAGAACGGCGAGUGCAACGUGCUGCAGUCGCGCAUCUCCAGGCGAUCGCUGCGCUUCCUGCAGGAUAUCUUCACGACCCUCGUAGACACGCAAUGGCGUUGGACGCUGCUGUGCUUCAUCCUGAGCUUCUUCUUGUCCUGGCUGGCCUUCGCGGUGAUCUGGUGGCUGAUCGCCUUCACUCACGGUGACUUCGAGGAACGCCACCUGCCGCCGUCCCAGGUGGAAAACAACUGGACGCCCUGCGUUUACAAUAUCUUCAGCUUCACCAGCUGCUUCCUCUUCAGUAUCGAGAACCAGCACACCAUCGGAUUCGGCGGUCGCUCCACCACCGAGGAGUGUCCCGAGGCCAUCUUCGUCAUGUGCAUUCAGAGCAUCUCCGGCGUUAUGAUCCAGGCCUUCAUGGUGGGCAUCGUGUUCGCCAAGAUGACACGGCCGAGACAACGCACUCAGACACUGUUGUUCUCGCGGAACGCCGUGAUCUGCCAACGGGACGGUGAGCUCUGUCUCAUGUUCCGCGUGGGCGACAUGCGGAAGAGUCACAUCAUCGGCGCGACCGUUCGCGCUCAGGUGAUUCGCAACAGGACUACGAAGGAAGGCGAAAUACUGUCGCAGAACCAACAGGAACUGGUGGUAGGCACCGACGGCCAGAAUGGCGACCUGUUUUUCAUCUGGCCGACCACCAUCAUCCAUCGGAUCAACGAGGAGUCACCAUUUUACAACAUGUCGGCUGAGGACAUGCUGAUCGACCGUUUCGAAGUGGUGCUGAUCCUCGAGGGCACCAUCGAGUCCACGGGGCAGACCACACAGGCCAGAACCAGCUAUCUGCCGCAGGAGAUCCUCUGGGGCCACCGAUUCGACCCGAUGGUGAACUACUCGAAGGAACGGCAGGGCUACGAGGUGGAUUAUUCGCUGUUCGACAGCACCACUCAGGUCGACACCCCGUUGUGUUCCGGCAAGGAACUCGCCGAAUUUUACAGGGUGCAGGACGAUCUUCGUCAUGGGACCGGUGUCCUGAUCGAUGAGGACUUGAUGGAGAGACAAUGUUGGUGUCAACCGACCUAUCAGCGACGUUUAAAAGUGUCCCUUGCACCCUUGGACAUCCCGAAGAGCCACGACAGCGCAGAGGACGAGCAGAGGUUGCGAAAUCCCGGCAGAUUUGAACCAAGUUCGAACUACAUCUCGCAAGGACCCCAGAUCGAAAACUUCGAUUCGUCGAGGGUGUUUGAUUUUGACCCUAACUCUAUUCAGGUGAUGGACGAUGAAGAAUUUGAACAUUUGCCGGAAGCAGUGAAUCGAGAAAUUGUAAAAAACAGUCAGGAGAUCAUCUUCGAAGAUGAGGAAGGAAUUUCGCGGAGAGCUCCGAUGUACGAAGAAAGAAAUAAGAGUCUGAGAAACAGCCGAGAGAUUAUACUUGAAGAAAGGGAAGUAAACGUUCCAUUACAAAGAUCUUUGGAAAAGAAUAUAAUCAGAUCAAACGCAAGAAACGCUUUUAAAAUUUAUAAGGAUGAGAAGCUGCCUCUUAUGAAAACAGAAAAAAAUCACGAAGACAUUUUACAGGAACUCAGUAGGAGACAUAAAAUAAGAAAAAAGGAUUGCAAAAUACAUCUUGAAAGGAAGUUGGGAAUGCAGGAUCGAAGAUGCCACAUUGUACCGGUAAAUCGAAAUCAGAAAGACUCAAGAACGAAUUUCUUCUUGAACGAGGAACGAAAGCUUUUGAGAAAACUUAAUAGUGAUCGCAAGGAUGAUACUUUUGUGCUAAAUGACGGGAGAUUCUUCAGGGAAUCCGGAAGAAACGCAAUCGAUCAACUAUCCGUUUCAUUAAAUCGAGAUGGAGAAAUCCCGGAGACAAAUUUUUUCCCAAACGAAAAGCAAAAAACCUCAGUGGAGCUUAGUAGACAUUUAAUUGACGAUCCUUUUGCGAUGAAUGACGGAAGACCCUUCAGAGAAUCCAAACAAAAUGCAAUCAACGGUAAGAAUUACGAAAUGUGUUCUGAAGAAAGAUUAGAAAUACACGAUCCUUUCUUAAACAAGAAGCAAGAUUCUUUGGACGAUACGAAAGUCUUCGAACAGCCAGAAGGUAAUGCGAUUAGCAACAUGAAAUAUAUUAAGAUGUUGGAGGAAAGUGAGCAAUCCUUGAGAGAAUCGUUGACGUUGAAUCAACGGUCGAAUUAUGACUUUACUGAGUGGGCAAAUGGUCAUCGGCCAAUGGUGGAACGACACGACAAGAUCAGAAUCGAGAGCGAGAAGAGAAGACGGCCUGCUAGCCGUCUGGCCAAGAUAAUAAUACAGCAUAAACUUCAUCCCGCUGACUUACGAUCACUGGUGUCUCCAUUUUCCGAUCUCUCGCCCGAAUCGGGUUUUUACGAAGGAAAUCUGUCGAACUUGAGCCCGAUGUGCGAUCGAAGAGAACCUCAUUUUAUUCCAAAGAACAGGUUUGGGGGCUUCGAGGAAAUAAAGGAAGACAGUAGCUCAUCGGAAAACAACUUGUCGCAAAAGAAUGUGCUCGGUGAUCUUGCUACUGCAGAAGAAUGUGUUCAAGUGCCAAUUGUUGAGGUAUCUAGACACGUGUGUGACAAUAUUCAGAUUGUUGACGAGAAUAGGACUUCUUCGCACAGUAAUCUCUCUCGAAAGUGUUUCAUCGAUGAAGAUGAUAUUUCCGUAAAAUGUGUUAAACGUCGUUUUAUCGAAAUAUCCUCUUGUACAAACGACAGCAUCGAGAAAAUUGAUAGGGCUUCUUCGGACAGUAAUCUGUCUUAUAAACACUUUUUUGAAGAUAAUAGCACAGUAAAGUGCAUUGAAGUUCCAUUAAAUUGCAUAGACAACAAUAUCCAUGAUAUUGGGCAUAGGGUUUCUUCGUAUAGAGAUUUGUCUUCCAAAUGCUUCGUUGAUAACGGUUCAAAAAAGGGUACUGAAGAUAUGGAUUAUUUAAGCGAAAACGAUCAACGUUUUGUUGAUGACGACGACGAUGUAGUCAAAUGUGCCAAUGCUUCAACCGCAGAAGAAAAAAUUAUGCGUGUAGACGACGAGGUGCAAGACAUUAAUGAAGCAAUGAAAAAACGCAGCUUUCCAAAAGUAUCUAGAAAAUUGUUUAACGAUUUCGGCGACUCGGAGGAGUUAAAUUGUUACUAUGACGUUAAGUAAGACGAAUAAUGAUUUGUAGGUGAGCGAGAAAAUACUAGAAUAUUAUUUUUUCCUUUUUAGGAGAUGCUAUUAAGUUUCAAUAAAUUAUAUGUAUACGUAAUUUUAAAUGCAAAUGAUAUUAAUACACCAUGUGAUCUUCGAAACGUUUAUUGAUGCAAAAUGCGCUCAUUCCCCUUUAUUGAAGUUACUCAGUCGAGAGCAAUGCAUUGUAGAAUAUUUAUUUUAUUGUGUUACAGCACAAUAUUUGAAUGAUACAUUGUGUUAAUAACAUAAUUACAUUAACGAUCUAUUAUGUUAAUGAUAUUAUAUUAUGAACGUUGUAGAAAUAAAACGACAUGCGAGAACGAAAUCUAGCAUAAUUGAUCACGACACCGUUUAUAUAAUAAAGAACACACGAGAAAUUGC